GAAUUUCAUGUGCAAACUGAUGAUGCAUAUUUGCAGAGCAAGGAUAAGAAAGUGACCGAUUUGAUCAGUUUCUAUUCACUACCAUCAUCAGUGAUGCAUCACCCAUUGUAUAAGUCAAUUCAGGCUGCGUAUUCAUUCUACAAUGUUGCCACAUCGAUUCCUCUUAAACAGCUCAUGAACGAUGCCUUGAUUAUUGCUCGAAAUGAGCUGAAAUUUGGCAUCGGUGACGGCAAUUUGCAAUAUUACCUAUAUAAUUGGAAGUGUCCGGAUAUCGCGCCAGAAAAAAUUGCCCUUGUGUUGCAAUAG